GCUCGCAACGUGUACGUCUUUCUUAUCGGGAUUUUGUCGCAGAUCGACCGCGCAUAUUCGGCGGGUACACAGAGGAGCGACGACAAUCGUCUCUUCCCCUCGCACGGUGUGUGUGCAGUUGUUUUUAUUACGCACCUUUUCCCAAGCGCGCGAUGACAAGCGCGCGUUUCCCGCAUCAUCUUGCGCGCGUGUGACGUGUUACAACAUAUCUUAUACCGGGAGAAAAAUCGUCUCGAGGGGAGAUAAACAAAAAAAAAAAAAAAAAAAGUUGUUUUUCUCUCUCAAGGGAAGAAAAAUAUCAGAGCUCGCGCGGGAGCAGAAAAAUGCCAAGGUGAUUUCCUUCUCGCGGAUAUCCCAUUGGCGUUUUCUUGAAGAAAAACAAUCGUGAGUCGUCCCCGUGUGUUUGUCCCCGCGUCGAGUCUCUCACGAUCUUAUCGUUUUCUCUCACUUUUGGUCAUCAAUCGCGUGGGGAGUUGGUAAUUGCGUGAUUGCGACACGCUGGAGCGCGAUUCUCGAUUGUUCAACACGCCCGCCGAUUGAGAGAGAGAGAGAGAAAGAGAGAGAGUUCACCGGCUGCCGCCAGGAUGCAUCACACGGCGCCCUGGUACCUGCCGUGGGGUCUUAAGCUCGUGCCGCUGCCGAUCCCGCCUGGACAUCCGGCUUCCAGUAUACCGAAUCCAGCCGGUCUGCAUCUGCUGGCUCCGUUGCCCGGAAUUUACGCGCCCGCGGAACCGCGCAAGGUCGAUUUGAAGCCGCUGCGGGAGGCGACGGUCGCGGUGCCCGCGCCGAAGAUCCCCGAGAAGCGAAAAGCCGAGGACGCCGAUGCCAGCAAGGACCUGAAGAAGGCGAAAUUGGAAACUAAAGCGCUGAAAGCGAAGAGGCCGGGAUUCACGGACGAGCGGUACAACGAGACCAGUUAUUACGUGGAGCACGGUCUGCGCAAGGUUUAUCCAUAUUACUUCACCUUCACGACAUUCACGAAAGGUCGAUGGGUCGGCGAGAAGAUCCUGGAGGUGUUUGCGAGAGAAUUUCGCGCUCAUCCGGCCGAGGAGUACGAGAGAUGUAUUCGCGCGGGCACCCUGACGGUCAACUAUCAGAAGGUGGACGUCGACUACAGGCUGCGGCACAACGACCUACUGGCUAACGUCGUCCACAGACACGAGGUGCCUGUCACCUCGGAGCCGAUCACGGUGAUACACAUGGACGAGGACGUCGUCGUGGUCAACAAGCCCGCCUCCAUCCCUGUGCACCCGUGCGGCCGCUACCGGCACAACACCGUGGUCUUUAUUCUGGCGAAGGAGUACAAUCUGAAGAAUCUCAGAACCAUCCACAGGCUGGACCGAUUGACGAGCGGCAUACUCCUGUUCGGUCGAACGCCGAAGAAGGCGAGACAGAUGGAGCACCAAAUAAGAAACCGACAGGUCCACAAGCAAUACGUUUGUCGGGUGGAGGGCGAGUUCCCGGAGGAGGAGGUGGUCUGUUCGGAACCGAUCGAGGUGGUCUCGUACAAAAUCGGCGUCUGCAAGGUCUCGGAGAAGGGCAAGGACUGCAUCACUCGCUUCAAGCGUCUCAGCUACAACGGCAAGUCGUCCGUGGUGCUGUGCAAGCCGCAAACCGGGAGAAUGCAUCAGAUCCGCGUGCACUUGCAAUAUCUGGGUUACCCGGUGGUGAACGAUCCGCUGUAUAAUCACGUGGUCUUCGGUCCGCAUAAGGGAAAAAACGGUAACAUCGGCAAGACCGAUGAGGAGCUCGUGCGGGAUCUCAUUAGUAUUCACAACGCCGAGAAUUGGCUCGGCAUGGACGGCGACUCGGAUAUGAGUUUGUUCAAGCCAAAGCUGGAACUGGAAGAGCGAAUGUUGGUCUCCGGAGACAAGGACAAUAGCUCGUCAUCGCCGUCGUCCACUCCCGGUCUGGUCGAGGACGAACAGCAGCAGCCGCAGCAGCAACAGCAACAACAGCAGCAACAACAACAGCAGCAGCAGCAGCAGCAGCAGCAGGAAUCUCUCAAAGUCACCGUGGGUACUCAAACAGGCUCGGAACCGCCGGAUUCCACCUUCGCCAAUGACAAGGUCACCGUCGACCCGCACUGUUACGAGUGCAAAGUCAAGUACAGAGACCCGAAACCGUCGGACCUGGUGAUGUAUCUGCACGCGUGGCGUUACUGCGGCCCGGGAUGGGAGUAUGAAACGCCGCUGCCAGCGUGGGCGGCGAGCGACUGGACCGGCGACGAUCGAUAGUUUGUCCGGGCAAGAUGAUGAUCGAGGAUGAUCCGCGCGGAUUCCUCGGCGAGCUGUCGUCAUCGCCGAGUCUCGAACUCCCCUUUUGAUAUCCUUACCCCGUGCCUUCCAUCCGCCAACGAGCGAUCUUGACCAUCGUACACGCGAUUACACGUACACGAAUACUCCCCCUCUCCCCCCCCCCACACACACAAACUUACACGUAACGAACGCAAUACACAUCCCCCGUAAACUCGGCCGUCUCGGAUUUCACGAAGCUGCGAUCCGAGGGAAAUAGAAUUGCUGGAACAAUCACGUCGCUCGAUUUGCAUUUCUGCGACUCGCGUCGUCGUUCGCCACGUCGAUAUGUAAGUGACAAUUCUCGGGCGUUAUCGCCCCGAGACGGAAGACCGACGAGAAUGAAAACAAUUCGGUCGGAUGCCGUUUCACGUGUGCACAGAAACGUUACGUGUUUGCGUUUCUCAGGAGAUAGAAAAUAUCGAGUGCGCGCGCGCGCGCGUUUUAUCAUAUAUUCUGGCAGAGUCUCGCGCAAAAUAACUCCUCCCGUGCGGGACACGAUCUCGUGCGGGAAACGAUCCGAGACGAUGUUAUUACGCGAAUUAAUCAUAGCGAGAAAAGACAACCGGUUGUUACCGGUCUUAUUACCCUAAUGCUGUCCUGAUUUCGGAAGCCAAAUAAUAAAUCAGAUCGUUAUUAUUGUUUAUUUUUGUCUCGUUGCUCACGCUGAGCUCACGUUUUCCCGGGUUUUCUCCCUUGUCAUCAAUUCCUCUCGAGCGCGUGUCCUCCCUCUACUUCGCGUGGCUGCGCGGAGUGAAGUUCACGCAGGUGAGAUGUCGCAACAAGGCGCAAUGAUUGUUCCCACAAUCGUUUUCUCUCUGUAAAAGCGGCUUCGAGAAGAAGUUUUUUUCUCGUACGGUCGGUAUCAAAUGUUUACAAGUCGCAGGAUUUCGUUGUGGCGUCCAAAUGGUGAUUUUUUCGCAUCGCAAAAAAUCACGAUAAGAAAUAUUGCAAUAAAUAAUCUGUGAAUAAUAAGUUAACGUGUGAUUGUGUAUCGUCGCAAUGUUUUACAAUAUUACUCGUCUAUCGGUACGUCGUGUUUGAGAGGACACGAAGAGGAUUCACGAUCGCGCGCACAGCGAAGCGAAAAUACAUAUCUUUUGUUUUUCACUUUGUAAUCUGAUUAAAAAGGGAAAAAAGAACAAAACAAAAAAACAAAACCACUCGAAUAAUUCUCUACUUUACAAUUCGCGCGAGUUGUUUUCCAAGAUCUUAAUUAUAAUUCAGUGCGAUUCGCACGGUAUGCGAGUGAGAAUCACACGAGAGAGUCAUUUGCGCGAAUAUUCUAGCGGACUGAGACAAAUGUGUGUUUCUGGAAACGCGCGCCGAUACUCCCGCGACCGCUUUUAUGAGCGCGAGCGGUCGGUCAAAAAGUCACUGCCAGCGGAGCGAGAGAGGACGAACGCUUAACACGCGAGCGAGAGAGAAAAAGAGAGAGAGAGAGAAGGAGAGACAGAAAAGAUUGAUGCAUCUUGUCGGAGGCGAGUAUAGUAUUCCGAUAGAUCGUAUCGUUCAUCUUGAUUUAUGACGCGCGCGUCUCCUCUUCGCGCUAAUUUUUCCAACGGCGGAAUCGCGCAACUUUUCCGAUCUACAACGUUCUUCGAUUCGCGCGGCUGAGAGAUCCCAUUUCCUCAAAUUUCAAAAAAAAGAAGACGCUUUGCAGCGCGAACGUUUUCGAGAAUUAAAAGUUUCAAGUUAAAAAAUAUCGAACGACACGUUUGUCGUCGAAUUAUUUAAACACACCGUCCGUGCGCGUUCUCGGUUACAUCUCUCGUCGGCGGUUCUUCGAAUCUGACCGGAAAUCGACCUCGGACGGACCAAAUGAUAUCGAUUAUAUUUGAGCAAGUAGUGUUGCUUUUGGCAUCAAAACUCGCUUCUUCUCGAUUUGACAGAGUCGGCCUAACUACGGAAAUGUAUUUAUAUCCAUCGCCUCGGCGAGAUUCGCUUUCGGGAAACAAAUUCUCAACGAAGCCCUGCGAUUUUUCGUACUAUCUCGCUAUUUGUAUAUCGCUAAAUAUAUGUAUAUAUAUAUAUACGUAUAUAUAUAUAUAUAUAUAUAUAUAUGUAUAUAUAUGUAUACAUAUACAUGUAUAACAUGUAUGUACGUAUGUAUCACUGCGAGAAAGAUUCCAUAAACGCGUGUCUCUUAUACGAGAGAGGAAGGAAAAGAGUGUGUUACACGUCGGUGUGUGUGUAUAUAUAAUAUAUAUGUAUAUGUAUAUCAAUACUUUCGUCAGAGGAACCGAUGUUAGAUAUACGCGAUCCUUUUCGGUUGUGCCUCGUGAUCGUCAGUUUCCUGUUUCGCGCGCGCUCCGAUUUUUCGUCCGAUUCCGAGAGAUCACCUCCUUCAAAACGGAAACCGCAAAACUCUACAUUCUCGAAACCGCGCGCGCAUCACGCAAGCAAUUACUUUCUCCAGUUGCUCAGCCGCAUUCUCACCAACGAUGACCACCACGGUUUCCCUCCCCUUCCCUCCCCUAUUGAGAAUUGUGUUUGUUCUCAUUCACACGUCGCGUUUCCGCGCGAUUCACUUUCGCACGAUUUCGAGAAUUAAACUCCUUCGGAAUCGAGACGACGGAGAAGAGAGAGAGAGAGAGAGAGAGAGAGAAGAGAGAGAUACGAUCGUAUCCUUCGGAAGAGAGCCACGUGUAGGAGACUGACGCAGGAGGAAAUCGCGAUAGAGAGGCGCGUCUAUUUUUAUGGACAGAUAUAUAACGAGAAACUGAUGUGCGGUGGCGCGGAUCCAGCGCGGCACGGGUCUCCAACAAUAAGCGUGAUCUUGCCGGAAAACAGCCAACGAUCAUGCCAAAGAGCGAACGACCAGCGAGCUUUCAGUCAUAUCGUGCGUACCUUUUCUCGCCGAGCGAGAAGAUUGCGCCGUGUCGGGCGAAAUGAGAGGUGUUUUUCGCAACAAGUACAAUCCGAAAGCGAGUAAAGUGCAAGAAAUAGAGAGAGAGAGAAAGAGAGCGUGUGUGUGGGUAUGCGUGCGUGCAUAUAUGUAUGUAUGUAUGUGUGUA